UCAAAGAGGCGAAUAGAUUGAGGAUUAGUUAUUUCAUUUUCACCGCCAUCGCUGUAUCACCAUCAAUUCGACCUCCCAUUCCCACAUUUCCUUUCUCCUCAAAAAUCCCAGUCCAGAUCUGUCGGAAUUGCACUCAAAUUCCCGUCCAGAAAUCCCAUACAAAUGUUUCUUUUGGACUGGUUUUACGGCGUCUUGGCCUCACUCGGCUUGUGGCAGAAAGAGGCCAAGAUCUUGUUUCUUGGCCUCGACAAUGCCGGUAAAACUACCCUCCUUCACAUGCUCAAGGACGAGAGAUUAGUGCAGCAUCAGCCAACGCAAUAUCCGACAUCUGAAGAGCUGAGUAUUGGGAAAAUUAAGUUCAAAGCCUUUGAUUUGGGAGGUCAUCAGAUCGCCCGUAGAGUCUGGAAGGACUACUAUGCCAAGGUUGAUGCUGUAGUCUAUCUGGUGGAUGCCUAUGACAAGGACCGUUUUGCAGAAUCAAAGAAGGAAUUAGACGCGCUCCUUUCUGAUGAGGCUCUCGCCAAUGUGCCCUUCCUCAUUUUGGGAAACAAGAUUGACAUACCAUAUGCUGCCUCAGAAGAUGAGUUGCGCUACCACCUUGGCCUCACUGGCGUAACCACUGGCAAAGGGAAGGUGAAUCUUGCAGAUUCUAACGUGCGCCCUUUGGAGGUAUUCAUGUGCAGCAUUGUACGCAAAAUGGGGUAUGGUGACGGCUUCAAAUGGGUGUCUCAAUAUAUAAAGUAGGGCGAUCCCUCGGAAUAAUGUUCCAUUAGUUACAUCCAUCUCCUCUCUGGGCAAAGAAAAGAAAAAGAGAAGGAAAGAAGAAAAUUCAGUAUUUUCACUGUGCUUGAGUCUGUUAUCUUCAGCCACAACCUUUUCCUUAUUUCGAUUUUUUCGUCUUCUAUGAAUUUUGUUAAAGCGUGAAAAAUGGAUAUUUUCUCUAGUGUUCACUUUUUGUAAAAUAUUAUGAGAAUUGGAGUUGAGAAUUAAAACAAAUGUUUUCUUUCAUUUUCCAAUUCUCUGGAGGGUUUUGUAGAUGAUGUGUUAAUUUGCUUGUGCUGCAGAACUA